GAGCUUGGAGUCCCCGGGGCUCGGAGGCCCCAGCCUCGGCACCUCAAGUCCCAGCAGAGCCUCACCACCCGCUGCCUCCCGUCCCCCCCCCCCAAAAAAAAAACAAACAAACAAAAACCAUCACAAAACCCCAGCCUCAGCAUGAAAGCCAUCAGCCCGGUGAGGUCCGUCAGGAGCUGCUACGAGGCCGUGUGCUGCCUCUCGGAGCAGAGCCUGGCCAUCGCCCGCGGGAGCAGCAACAAGAGCCCGGCGCUGGAGGAACCCAUGAGCCUCCUGUACGACAUGAACGACUGCUACUCCAAGCUGCGGGAGCUGGUGCCGGGCAUCCCGCAGGGCACCAAGGUGAGCCAGGUGGAGAUCCUCCAGCACGUCAUCGACUACAUCUUCGACCUGCAGAUCGUGCUGGAGGAGGAGGCCAAGGGACGCGACCCGUCCUCGGAGGCCACCCUGCUGUCCCUCAAGGCGGCCGAGCUGGCCUCCGAGCUCUGCUCCAAAGACGAGAGCGCGCUGUGCCACUAACGCCUCCUCCAGCAGGUGAGUGCCCGCGCCCACCCCAGCAGCCCCCCAGAACCCCCCCCAAGCAUCCCCCCCGUCCCCCAAAUCCCCCAAACCCACCCCACUCCCC